AUGGUUAACCAGAUAAUUCAUUUAGGGGUGGGAAAAGAAAACAGUCAGAAGUUAUUUUGACUUCUUUCUGCGUUUGCCCGCCUUCAAUGAGUUGAAUUCAUUCAAAGCAGGACUCAGAAUGGAGGAGACGUCGCAGCAAGAGAAACAAGACUCGGAAUAUAACAAUUCAAAUGAGGACUUGGGUGGGAUCCGUCGCCGAUUGAGGGACAGGGAUCUUCUUAGGAAGAGGAAAGCAGAAGCAGAAGAAAAGGAGACUAACCAGUGGGUUUAUGGGGUGGAGAGCCAGAGGAAAAGAGCCAGGGCUGAGAGUGGCACAAAGAGGAGAGGGAGGCCCAAGAAGAGUGAGCCUACGCCGGAGAUCUCUAUCAUUCAGGAGGAGGCAGCAGUGCCCCAGGAAGCUCCUGCGGUGGUGGUGGUCCCUGAACCUGAUGAGGUCAUCCCAGAUCAAACACCAGGCUCUCUAUUCCCUUUACUUUAUGUGGAAUCACAACCUUCAUCCGUCCCUGCUGCCCCUGUACCGCCGCCACUGCUCAAAUCCAUCCAAAGCCCAGUCUUUGCUCCGACUCUGACUUCUCCGGCUCCGGUUGACCCGACUCCAGCCCUUUUUUCACCCUCUGCUCCUGCUCCAUCUCCCGUCAAAGUCCCAGAUACGGCUCCAGUCCCUGUUCAAGAUCCAGCUCCAGGUCCAGAUGCUGUUCCGUUCACAGUCCGCGUCCUGACUCAAGCCCCUGUUCCAGCUCCAGCUCCUGCUCCUGCUGCAGCUCCUCCUCAGGUGGAGACCCUCUUCACAGAGGCCCAAGGCAGGGAUGCCCUUGACCAGGUCCUGAUUAAGGACUUGGGCCUAGAUGAGGAGGAGGACAACUCUUCAUCUCAAGACAAAAGAGCCGAUGAAGAUUUGAUUGGGACAUCGUCGACCAACGUACCUGAACAAAACAAAUUGUUCUCCAUUCCAACUUUGUCUCCAAUGCCUCCUUCCCAAAAAUAUUUCCCAGGAAAUUUAUUCUAAUUUUCUAAAACACACUUUCAGAUACUUCCUCAGCUCAGGCUAAAUCCUUUAUGAUCACAGUUUGUAUCCAAGUAUUUUUCUGAUUAGUGUGCAGCCUGUUGGUUAAAAUGAACAAACAUACUGAGCAUAUGCAUUGCUUAUUUGACAAAAGUAUCAAUUCAAACAAACCUGUAUGCUUAUUUAUUCUGGUUUGUUCUUCACUGCGAAGCUCAUGAAUUCUAUUUUGUAUUUUGCAUUCAGUAAUCAGCUAAUUUUGCUUUCUUUUAUUUAAGAGUAAAUGGUAUACAUCACUGGUAACGAUGUAUUUGUAAUUAUGGAUUUAUUUGAUAGAAUUAUGUAAAAAGUUAUUUUUCCCCUAAUAAAAUACACUGCUUACAAUCAUC